ACAUUGGUUUUCGUGACAAACAUCAGGGACGUGUUUCAGAUAGGGGAAACCAAGUGCAAUCGAAAAAUAGAAUGCUACGAAGCAGUAACGGGGUUUCGUAUAAAAUCAAAAGUCCGGACGGAGCAGUUGUUUGUUGCAUAGCGCUCGAUGAAAGUGCGUCGAGACGAGUAGUGACAACUAGCAAGUACAAGUUAGAUCGGAGUAUCAGGGAAGGUAAAAAGGUUUCAAGUAUCUAUUAAAAGUCAAAAACCCAUUGAAAUUCCUUCUGAAAUUGUCAGCUAACGACAAACGAACAUACUGUUGCAAUUGUAAGUAGGAUUGCAUGUGAAUUGUACCGAUGUUACGUCAGCUGCGACCGAAGUUCAACUAGCGAGACAUCAGAAGAAGAAGAAGUAUCGUUAGUGUUCUAAGACUCCCCACCACACGUAAACUUGAAAAUUCGGCGUGAGACAUUCAGCCAAUCAGCACGUAGAAUUUACGGAGGCUUAUUCAGCCGCGAACUCCGUCGUAUAUAUAAAACCCAGCAGGCUGCAAUACGGCAAUAUGUCAACCGUCAGGUGGACAGCGACGAGGUUGCAGAUCAGCAAGAGCAUUCGAAACGCAACUGUACAACAUUCAACUGGAUAUAGUUCAAGCAAAAGAAACUUUACUACGCUGGUCAAUAGCAAUAUACAAAAUCGAAUUAAAUGUACGAGGAAGAUUUGUUCUCCUAACGAGGCUUACGUCGAGAGGAUUAACAAUCGGAAUAACAAUUACGUUUGUUUCUCCAUUUUUUCACUUCGCACAACAUCCUUUGGAAAAACAAACAUGCCUUAUGCCGUGGAAAAAUAUUAUCCGGUGGCUUCCGUGGUUACUCAUGCUGGCAAGGGACCGGCCUUCGCUGAUGGUCUCUACGACCACAUCAAAGGAACUCCAGUACACAGUAACAUAAGAAUACCACUUGCUCCGAAAAUACGUGCUUACCUUGAGGAGUGUAUCGCUCUGUGCAAACCUGAGGAAGUCUACGUCUGCGACGGUAGCGAAGACGAGAACAAUGAUCUUCUUAGGCUUCUGGAGAAAAACGGCACCAUCACUGCUUUACCCAAGUACGAGAAUUGUUGGUUGGCAAAAACAAAUCCUGCUGAUGUUGCUCGCGUGGAGAGUCGCACCUUCAUUAGUACCGAUUCUAAAAGUGAGACUAUCCCGACCCCUCAGAAAGGUGUCAAGGGAACUCUAGGAAAUUGGAUUUCACCUGAGGGUAUGAACCAAGCUGUCCUGGAGCGCUUUCCCGGAUGUAUGAAAGGACGCACCAUGUACGUGGUACCGUUCAGCAUGGGUCCAGUGGGUUCACCAUUAUCCAAGAUUGGCAUUGAAGUAACGGAUUCGGCCUACGUCGUUUGUUCUAUGAAAAUAAUGACCAGAAUGGGAGCUCAAGUUUUGGAAAUUUUGGGUGAAGAUGAUUUCGUCAAAUGUCUCCACUCAGUGGGAAAUCCCACUAGCGAGUCAAGGGUUCCUGUGGAUUCUUCAUGGCCUUGUGAUCCUGAGAGAACCAUCAUCCUACACAGACCUGCCGCAAAUGAAAUUGUCUCAUACGGUAGUGGUUAUGGUGGUAACUCACUUCUGGGUAAAAAAUGCUUUGCCUUGAGAAUUGGUUCGACCAUUGCCAGAGACGAAGGUUGGCUCGCUGAACACAUGCUGAUUCUGGGUAUCACAAAUCCAAAAGGGAAAAAACGAUACAUUGCUGCCGCCUUUCCCAGUGCUUGCGGUAAGACAAAUCUGGCUAUGAUGCAGCCUACCCUUCCUGGAUACAAGAUCGAAUGUGUUGGAGAUGAUAUCGCGUGGAUGAAGUUUGAUAAGGAUGGCAGACUUCGUGCUAUCAAUCCUGAGAAUGGGUUCUUCGGAGUUGCUCCUGGUACCAGCACAACCACCAAUCCGAACGCUAUGAAAACCAUUUUCAAAAAUACCCUUUUCACGAACGUAGCGACUACCAGUGACGGCGGUGUUUAUUGGGAAGGAAUGGAGAAUGAGAUCAAUGAAGAUGUGGAAAUCGUCGAUUGGCUUGGCAAGAAAUGGAUCCGUGGCUCCAAAGUUCCAGCUGCUCAUCCAAAUUCGAGAUUCUGUACUCCUGCCAAACAGUGUCCCAUAAUCGAUCCCUCCUGGGAACAUCCUCAAGGUGUUCCUAUCGAUGCAAUACUAUUUGGAGGUCGUAGACCAGAAGGAGUUCCCCUUAUUUACCAAGCACGUAAUUGGCAGCAUGGCGUUUUUAUUGGAGCUACUAUGAGAUCAGAAGCCACGGCAGCGGCUGAACAUAAAGCAAAAGUAAUAAUGAAUGAUCCUUUUGCAAUGAGACCAUUCUUCGGGUACAACUUUGGCAAUUACCUUAAACAUUGGCUCAAUAUGGCUAACACAAAGAACGCAAAGCUGCCAGCAAUCUACCACGUGAAUUGGUUCAGGAAAGGUCAGGAUGGUAAAUUCCUUUGGCCUGGUUUUGGUGAAAACUCCCGUGUCCUGGACUGGAUCCUCCGUAGAAUCGAUGGAGAGGAUAUUGCCGUGGAAUCUGCCAUUGGUCUAAUACCUAAACCAGGCUCUUUAAACUUGAAUGGUCUUAAUGAAAAGAUUAACGAGGAGGAACUGUUCAGACUUCCACAUAACUUCUGGCAACAGGAAGCUGAAGAACUUAGAAACUACUUAAACGCUCAGGUCGGCAAAGAUAUUCCCGAGGAAAUUGUAUACGAACUUGAUGUCCUCACAGGCAAAGUACACAAUAUGUAAAAGUUAUGCAAAACUUUAAAUUGCCAACAGCAAUUUUAUGAACGACAAAGUAGUGUAAGGGAUGUUGAAGAAUCCAACUAUUUAUAAAUUAAAACUACUAAGACGUUGAGGAAGAGUGAUCAUCUCUUCGUGUAACAAAAAGAUCUUAUGCCAAAGUAUUUGUCGUCAUCCGAGUAGAGGGAUUUUGUGUUUAAUAGAUCUAAGUCCUGCCAUGGCAAUGAUAGUGAUAAAUGAAUGUUGUGUAAAUGUGUAUAUAUUGUAUUAUAUAACAGAAUUUUACCUUAAGACUUACCAAUCAAAGGAUUGUGUACAAUCUGACACUUUUUUUUUGUAAAACAACAAAAGUACGAAAAUAUGAAUAUUACUGCUUACGCGCAGAAUUUGUAAUUUUGUACUAGCAAUAUUGAAUACUUCGAUUAGAGUCCAAAUAUAUUAGCAAUUAAUCAAAAUAAACGUAUGUAACUGUGACUGAGAUUAUCUUACAAUUAUACGACUAAUUUUUAUUUAAAUAGUUUUUAUAUAGAGUUACGAAUGUAUUUAUGAUCAACGAUGUUAUACAUUUCUGUAUGCAUUCAUAAACGUACAAAUAAAUUUUUCACAGAUUAA